AUCACGAAGACGACCCAAUAAUAUCCGACGUGUGUCGAGAAAUUAAUAUAUAUGAAAUGAGUUAAUUAUAUACCAAUUUAAGAAAAAACAACUUUAUUUAUAUUUCUCGAGGAAUCCAUGACUUCCAAAUAACCUUUUUUUUUUUGGGUAUGCAUGGCUAGUCUGAUGGCAAUUGUCACUAAUCUGUAUUAAAUAACGCACCUACCUUCCUUAACCAGUGAUUAGCAUGCCAACACACACUUAUACAUACAUAAUCUACAUAUAUACAAACCACAUAACCAAAUUAAAUACUCACUACAAAUUCAAUUAUAUAUAUAGACAUAAAUCUCAGUCUGAAAAAAUCAAGAACCCUUAAACUCCCUCCUCUCUUGGCUUUUUCGUAAUAAGUAUGAAGAAGAUCUUUUGUUGUGCGAAAAAUUCGAUGGUGUUUUGGCAUUUGUGUGUUUUUGUUUUGUUGUGCAUAGGUUGUUGUAAUGGACUAGUGAAUCUGCCUCCAAACACGACGGUUCCGGCAAUUUUCGCGUUCGGGGAUUCGAUAGUCGAUCAGGGUAAUAACAAUGGAAUCAGCACCCUCGUUAGGUGUAACUUUCCACCUUACGGCAAAGAUUUCCGAGAUGGAAUCCCCACCGGGAGGUUCGGCAAUGGCAAGACGCCUCCGGAUUUGAUUGCUGAAGAAUUAGGAAUAAAAGAGUUAAUACCAGCCUAUCUUGACCCAAACUUGAAGCCUCAAGAUCUUCUAACAGGUGUCAGCUUUGCUUCAGGGGGGUCUGGAUUUGACCCCCAAACACCUCAAUUAGCGUCAGUGACACCAUUAUCUACUCAACUGGAGCAAUUCAAAGAGUACAUUGUGAAGCUCAAAGAACUGUACAAGCUUGGACCAAGAAGAAUCGGAGUUUUUGGAAUCCCACCGAUCGGGUGCUUGCCAGCUCAGCGAAGCCUAGCAGGUGGCUCGGGGAGAAUGUGUGUAGAAGAGUACAACAAAGCUGCAAUAUUAGUUAAUUCUAAGCUCUCACCUACACUCGAUUCUCUCACCGCAACGUUGCCUCAAUCAAGAAUCGUUUACAUUGAUAUUUACAACCCUCUUCUUAAUCUCAUCCAAUACCCUCAAAAUUACGGGUUUGAAGUUAGUGACAGAGGUUGCUGUGGGACAGGAAAUGUAGAAGUGGUGAUACUGUGUAAUAGAUAUAGUGGAACAUGUGGAGAUGAUUCUAAGUACGUAUUUUGGGACAGUUAUCAUCCAACUGAGAAAGCAUACAAGGUUCUUGUCGAUCAAGUCCUUCUAAAAUAUCUCGACAAAUUCGUGUGACGGCUCAUUCAACGUAACUGGCCGACUUCUUCCCGACAAUUUAUCUUGUCUCGAGACGGGAACUACUGUUUACGAGUGUCUUAUUUUUAUGUGUUUUUUCAUACAAUCAAAACAUAAGUAGUGCUUGCAUUUAUAUUCAUCUUAUAUUGAGAUGGAAAUGCAACACACUUUGGUUCAU